AUGUCUAAAAUUCUGAAUAUUAAGAAGGUGAUCAAAGGGAAUUCUUCCGAAGUUGUUUACAGUGAAAAGGACUCUAAUUCGCCUAUUCCAAUAGCAACGAUAAGAUCUCAUGCAAGCUAUUUGAGUGGCGGAGAGGAGCAGCUGAAAAAUAUGUCGCUUAAAAGAGAUUUAAAAGCCAGACAUGUAACUAUGAUUGCUAUGGGUGGAGCUUUGGGUACUGGUUUAGUUAUAACUUCAGGAUCAGCAUUGGCAAGCUCUGGUCCGGCGUCGACACUAAUAGCUUUUAUUAUUGUUGGUGGGAUUAUGUGCACAGUUAUGUCUGCCUUGGGUGAAAUGGCGACAUAUUUGCCGCUUCCAGAUGGUUUUGCUGGCUAUUCUUCAAGGUUCGUUGAUCCUUGCCUUGGUUUUGCAGUCGGAUAUUCUUAUUGGAUAAAAUAUAUGGUUCUUUGCCCCAAUCAACUAACUGCCAGCGCUUUGGUAAUUCAGUAUUGGGUAGACAGUGAAAAGGUAAACCCUGGGGUUUGGAUAACUAUCUUUCUUAUUGCGAUUACUUUUAUCAACUAUUUUGGUGUCAAAUAUUUCGGAGAAUUCGAGUUUUGGCUAUCAUCCAUUAAAAUUAUUACUGUCGUUGGUUUAAUUCUAUUGCUAUUUAUCAUCAUGUUAGGAGGGGGUCCAACUCAUGAUCGUCUUGGGUUCAGGUACUGGAAAGACCCAGGCUCGUUCAAAACUUAUUCGGAAACAAUUACUGGAGAUAAGGGAAGAUUUGUUGCCUUUGUUUCUACAUUAGUUUCCGUGGUUUUUUCGUAUUUAGGUACGGAAUUAGUAGGUGUUACUGUUGGCGAAACUCAAAAUCCUCGUCGAAAUGUUCCUCGUGCAAUCAAACUAACUUUUUUUCGUAUCUUGUUUUUUUACAUUAUUUCCGUCUUGCUUUUAGGAAUGUGUGUGCCUUUUAAUGAUAAGCGCCUUAUAUUUGCAGCUAGUGCAGGAACUUCGGCUUCCGCUUCACCUUUCGUCGUAGCCAUACAAAAUGCAAGAAUUAGAGUCCUUCCUCAGAUUAUCAACGCUGCCAUCUUACUUUUCGUGUUUUCUGCCUCAAAUUCUGAUAUGUAUAUUGGCAGUCGUACCCUUUACGGACUUGCAGUUAACGGAAAAGCACCAAAAAUAUUUGCCCGUACCAACAAAAAUGGUGUUCCAAUUUAUGCUUUGGGCGUCUCAGUAUUAUUCUGUCUCUUAGCCUACAUGAAUGUUUCCUCAUCGGCGAAAACCAUAUUUAUUUAUUUUGUUAACGUUGUAUCCAUGUUCGGUCUUUUGACCUGGAUUUCAAUACUCGUUACACACAUAUGUUUUAUGCGUGCUGUUAUCAGUCAAGGGUAUGAUCGCCACUCAUAUUUAGUUUGGUGUGCCCCAUUUCAGCCAUAUGCAUCAUAUGUUGCAUUGUUUUUGUGCAUUAUUAUUGCAAUAUUCAAGAAUUUCACGGUAUUCAUAGGUGACUUUCAGUAUAAAACAUUUAUAACAGGCUACAUUGGAAUUCCUGUCUAUUUAUUAAUGCUUUUCGGCUACAAAAUUUUCAUGAAAUCAAAGAGAGUGCUUCCAGAAACUGCAGAUCUCUAUACAUUCAAAGAUGUUAUUGAUAACGACGAAGCAAUAUAUUUAGAGAAAGAGGCUAUCAGGAAAGAAAAUCUCAAAAAUAAUAAGAAAAAGGACUUACAAAGUGUCUACGAAAAAUUUAUAGGGUGGUUAUUUUGA